CCUAAAUGCGCGCCGCGACCUACGGGUACCAAGCGCUCAAAGAGGCCCUCGCCGCAGCCAUCUCCGCCGCCGGCGACGUACGCCGCCCCCACGCGCUCGCGGUCGUAUCGGGCCUCGCCGGAAACGGAUACGUCGCCUCCCUCCUCGUAUCCCGCUACUUCCGCCUCGGCGCCACCGAUGCCGCGCGCAAGGCGUUCGACGCCGUGCCCGGUGCAGCAUUGUUCCCCGGGCCGGCCUCCGUCGUGCGGCCCAAACCCCUCCUCUACAACGCCAUGCUCCGCGGGUACCUCGCGCACGGACUCCCGCAGCUGGCGAUCGAGCUCUUUCAAGGGAUGGCGUGCCCGCCUGACCACCAUACAUACCACCUUGCCGUUACCGCGUGCGCGCGGGCGUCGGAGUUUGAGCUCGGUCGGCGUAUCGGGAACGAAGCGGCCGCGAGAGGGUUUGCGUCUGACCUCCUGGUUGGGACGGCGCUGGUCGUGAUGCAUUCUGAAGCGGGUGAUACAGAGGCUGCUCGCAUGGUGUUUGAUGGAAUGCGGCACCGAGAUGAUGCGGUGUGGACUGCCUUGAUUGCUGGAUAUGCGCGCGCGGGUCAGUUGGACCAGGCUCUGAGGUUAUUUCAAAAGAUGAGGUCGGCGGAUGGAGUGACCCCCACUGAGUCGACACUGGUGAGCUUGGUUUCUGGGUUUGCAAGUUCUGGUUCUUGGAAGGCUCGUAAUAUGAUGCACACUCUUGUAAUUAGGUCUGGUUUCCACCUGAGCAUCUUUGUUUGCAAUGCUCUCCUGGAGAUGUAUGCUGAGUUUGGCUGUUUGAGCGAGGCUGUGAUGUUGUUUCGCCAGAUGGAGGUGAAGGAUUCCAUCACUUGGAGUACCAUGAUUGGCGGGCUUGUUCGGAAUGGACGGCCAGAUUCUGCUAUUAAGGUUUUCCGUUGGAUGGUGGCGAAUUCGACCGUGUUGCCCACCAGGUCAAUCUUGCUUAAUGCCAUUGUGGCAUGCACUGAGCUGGGUGACCUGGAAGAAGGAAAAUGGAUCGAGCAAAGCUAUGUGCUGGCUAAUUCUAGUGAAUUCAAUAGGGACCCUUCAUUGGUAACUGCACUGAUAUAUAUGUAUGCAAAGUGUGGACAGUUAGAUUGCUCAGUCGGUCUUCUACACGGAGUCGAACAAGUUAGAGAUGAUGUAGUUGCAUGGAAUGCUCUGGUCAAAGGGUGUGCAGUUUUUGGACAAGUGCAAAAGGCAAUUGGAUUUACAGUGGAAAUGCAGAGGCUAGGCAUUCACCCAGAUGCUGUCACGUUCUUGGAGAUCCUACCUAUGAUCUCUUCGAUUCCCGCACUGAAAAAGGGGAUGGAAGCACAUGGUCAGAUUAUUUUAAGAGGUUUCCAGAAUAAAAGGACAAUUGCUAAUUCACUUAUUAGCAUGUAUGGUGGAUGUGGGAGUCUCAGACAUUCACUUGAUGCCUUUAGUGGGAUUGUGGACAAGGAUGUAAUCUCUUGGACUACUAUGAUUCAGGUCUAUGCCUGGAAUGGACAUGCUGCUGAAGCUGUCAAGCUUUUCGAGCUGAUGAAGAAAACAGAAGUGAAACCAAACCGCUACACUUUUCUUACUGGGUUGUCUGCAUGUAGAAACACAGGUCUUGUUGAAGAGGGAAUGGACUUGCUCAAGUGCAUGGAAGAACAAUAUGGUCUUGAGCCGGAUGUUGAGCAUAUAUCAUGUGUUGUUGAUAUGCUCUGUCGUACUGGACGCUUGACUCAUGCAUAUGACCUGAUUAAAAAUACUAUUUCUGAACAUGUUGACAAUACAGUAUUGUGGGGGAUAUUACUAAGUGCUUCCCGUUCCUAUGGGAAUUUGGUAAUUGGAGAAGCAGUGGCCAGACAUCUAUUGUCUCUUGAUCCAGAAAAUCGAGCCAACUAUAAAAUGCUUGCUGAUAUUUAUGUCUCGCUUGGGAGGAGGGAUAGUGCUGAUGAUAUCCUUAGGCUAUCAUUGUCAAGAGGACUGAACUCGAUACCAGGCUGCAGCUGGACCGAAGGUGGCUAAUUAUUGUAAAUACAUGCUAGAAGCAUAUUCGGUCAGGAAUCAGGAUCUGCUCUGCAUAUUUAGGAGAAAUCAACGCCAAUAGAAUUGUCAAACCAGGCUACUGAAACAACUCAGCAGCCAAAACACAAUAGGAGUGCAAACCGUGUCGGUAGUGAUGAAUGAUGAUUAUCCCUGUCUUGACUUUGUCGUCUUGUAUGAAUUCUUUAUGUGAACAUAUUCUGCAAGUGCUAUAGGUCCCAGAAAGUGGCAUCUUGAGGAUGAUAGAUCCUAACUAUUCUUUUCUGUAAUAAUGUUGAAGCUGUGAUACUUUAUACCCUUUUGGUCAACUCAGUCAUGAUUUAUUUACCAGUUUCUCCAGAAUCAGGAUGUGGAAAACCUUUUUCCUUCUCUAUGACCAAGGACAUCUUUUCUGGAGAUAUAUCCCACAACCUAGAAAUGUGCUGAACUAUUUCCUUCCCUUUUUGUAGCAGUUGUUUGAUUGUUUCCCUUAAUAGAUAUGAGUGUUUGUCAUUUUAAUCCAAUUUUUUGGAGCAUAUUUUUUUAUAUGCCAGCAGAUACUUAGAAGUAUCAGAUUGAUAUAACCAUUUGUGCACUUUAUCGUCACGAGUAAAAGUUAUAUCCUGUUCUAGUAUGUUUUUUUGAGAAAACGCAAAGGACCUUUGUUUUUCAUUUCAUUGAAAAGGUAGGGUUUUGCUUACAAUCCUCCUGGAGGUGAGUUACCAACAGGAAACAAACUUAUGUGAUUGAGCAAUCUACUGUCAGAAACUCUUAGCUAAAACAUUAUAAUUUAUAAGAGCAAAGCGACUUUCUCCUUUUCUCUAUGUUCUUGCACAUUUUAUAAAUAUAUUACAAUAGUGUGUCUAUAUAUAUUGCUUGAAGUUAUUAAUUUAUGCGGCAAUGGUUAACUGUGCGGGAAUGGUUAACUGAAAGAGGUGUACAUAGAAGGAGAUGGGUUUCCGGAGGUAAUCGCCUAGAGUAGUUUGGUAACUCGCCUUCAGUUCGUCGCACAACUGCACUCUUCCAUGGCCAUGACACAAGCCUCAGAGUCCUGCAAGGUUUGUGGGGGUGAUUUUAUGUUUAUUUCUUGGUUGACCUAAAUGUAUUAGGUCCUGUCUUUACAUUGAGCCUCUCUUACAUUCUCGAUUACGUAGGAGAAUAAGAUAUGCUGUUCACAAAGAGUUUAUAGAAAAUACGCAACAAAGAGACAAUUAACCUUUUCUGAAACACUAACCUUUUACCUGGGAAUAUAUUUUAGAUGGCGUGAAAUAUUACAAGGUUGUGCAA